AUGGAGCCAGGGAACAAAACACAAUUCCCAGAAUUUCUUCUUCUGGGACUUUCAGAGGGACCAGAAUUGCAGCCCCUCAUCUUUGGGCUUUUCCUCUCCAUGUACCUGAUUACUGUGUUUGGAAACCUACUCAUCAUCCUAGCUGUCAGCUCAGACUCCCACCUCCACACCCCCAUGUACUUCUUCCUCUCCAACCUGUCCUUUGUAGACAUCUGCUUAACCUCCACCACCAUCCCAAAGAUGCUGCAAAGCACUCAGACACAGAGGAAAGUCAUCACCUAUGAAGGCUGCAUCGUCCAGGUGUAUUUUUACUUACUCUUUGCAGGAUUAGAUGACUUCCUCCUGACUGUGAUGGCCUAUGACCGGUAUGUGGCCAUCUGCCACCCAUUGCACUACACAGUCAUCAUGAGCCCCUGGCUCUGUGGACUGCUAGUGCUGCUGUCCUGGGUGUUGAGUUCUAUGUAUUCCUUGUUACAGAGUUUAAUGAUUUUGCGAUUGUCUUUCUGUUCAGACUUGGAAAUCCACCACUUUUUCUGUGAAAUCACAUGGCUCAUCCAACUGGCCUGUUCUGACCCUUUUCUCAAUAACAUGGUGGUAUCAUUUGGAUCUGUAAUUCUCGGGGGUGUUCCCCUGGCUGGCAUCCUUUACUCUUACUCUAAGAUAGUGUCCUCUAUCUGUGGAAUCUCAUCAGCUCAGGGACAGUAUAAAGCAUUCUCCACCUGUGCAUCUCACCUCUCUGUUGUCUCCUUAUUUUAUUGUUCAGCCUUAGGAGUGUAUCUUAGCUUCACUGCUACCCACAGCUCACACACAAGUGCUAUAGUAUCGGUGAUGUACACUGUGGUCACACCCAUGCUGAACCCCUUCAUCUACAGUCUGAGAAACAAAGACAUAAAGAGAGCUCUAAAAAGAUUCUUCGGGAUGGAAACUUUUAGAAAAGGUCCAUUUACCUCGGGCUGA